AUCGCUCGAUAAGCCUCCAGCUGCCCAGGAAGCGGGAGAGGAGUCCUUGGACGAGGGUGAAGUAGUGGAAGAGGCCGACUUGAUGGCAAAGUUGAUGGGAUUUAGCUCAUUCGAUUCCACCCAGGGUCAGCACGUACCAGGGACUGAUGUCAGCGGGGUCAUAGUUAAACACAAACGCGAAUACCGCCAGUAUAUGAAUCGCCGAGGUGGUUUUAACAAGCCGCUCCCUGGCGGACCGGCUGGGAAAUGAUCGAGUGAUUCAACCAUAGGGACUGGAAAUUCAGCCAAGCCUUAGUAUUUGGUAGAUUUUCUACUACGAUUGCCGAAAAGGCGCAAGUGUUGGACCAAAACCUUGGAACUUCAGUGCUGUGCGUGAUGUACGUAUUGAAUUGUAAAUGUACUGCUUUAAAGGAGCGUUGUUGCCUGGUCAGUUAGCUAGGAGAGCAUACUUGACGAAGGGUGAGCGGGAAACAUAGUCUCUGUUGUGGAAUGUGGCAUCAGGACAUUCAAGUAGCACCGUGAUGUACACAUUGCUGGCUCUGUACACAUUGCUGGCUCGAAUAGGGAGACAGAAGCAGUUGGGCCAUAUAUCGAAUAUUUACAUGUCGGUCUGGGUUUUGAAGUUUCACCGAACUUCACAACCCAAGUUUAUAGUUUGGUGACCCACGCUUUGUUUGACACUCCAACAUGCUCUAUUGUUGUGCCGAGACUACAAACUCGCACAUAAGGACGAAGAUUGCCCGUGAUAAUAUACACAAGAUGACACAACAUACCAAUAUUUGCGCCUCAUGUGCUGGGUAUGCGCUUUCGUGAAAUUGACUCAUCGUGUAUAUGCGUAAUUCAAUAAACGUAUGAGAUACCGG